UACACCAAACGCGAGCAUAUAUAGCACCAAAACUUCAAGCAUCAGAUGCUUCAGUCUGUCUAGUCCAUAAAUAGCCCUUUUAGAGAAGAGAACCAAACAAAAAGGGAGCACCAACCCAAACGGAAAAGAGACAGCCAAAUACCCCCUGUCCUCGAUCCUCACUCACUCACCUGCAAAAACCACUUCCAGGCCACAGGAACCAGAAAACCCCCGUUUCCCCCCUCCAGUUUUAGCAACCUUGGGUUCUCUUAUAUCUCCCCUAGCUUGCACCGUUUCCUUCACCUCCAGUCCCUGCCACCUCCCCCAAACUAGCCUACUCUCCAUCCUUCUCUGCCGCCGCCCAUGCCUAUGGAUCAAGGUAAGUCGUCCGACAUGGUCGCGGCGCCGGCAUCGCCGGAGGAGGAGAACGCGGCGGCAACUGGGGACAGCAGCGAUGAAGAGGCGCCGCAGAAUCAGAUGGACAACGAGCAGGCCCCGGCGGCAGCGCUGAAGAAAGGGCCGUGGACGGCGGCGGAGGACACCAUGCUGAUGAACCACGUGCUGCAGCACGGCGAGGGCAACUGGAACGCCGUGCAGCGCAUGAGCGGGCUGCUGCGCUGCGGCAAGAGCUGCCGCCUGCGCUGGACGAACCACCUCCGCCCCAACCUCAAGAAGGGCUCCUUCUCUCCCCAGGAGGAGCUCCUCAUCGCCCAGCUCCACGCCCAGCUCGGCAACAAGUGGGCGCGCAUGGCCUCCCAUCUGCCGGGAAGGACCGACAACGAGAUCAAGAACUACUGGAACACCAGGUGCAAGCGGAGGCAGCGUGCCGGGCUGCCGGUGUACCCUCCGGAGGUGCAGCUCCAGCUUGCCACCGCCGCCAAGCGCUGCCGCUACGACGACUUCUCCGGCCCGCUGUCGUCGUCGUCCCCACAGGAAUCGGGCAGCAGCGGCAAUGUCCUGUCCCUGGGUCUGGGCGCCCCCGAUGCAGCAGCAGGGUCGUACACCAGCGCUCGCCCGGCGGCGCUCGACCUGGCCAUGGGGACCAGGCCCGUGCAGUUCCUUAAUGCCCCGACGAUGCCGUUCUCGGCGCCGUCCACCCCAUGGUCUACAACGCCGCCGUUCCAGCGGAACGCACGCUACCUCAAGCUGUCGUCGGCGCCCGUCUCGCCGACCGGGGCGCCGCCGGUGCACCCGGUCACCCCGGAGCUGUCGUUGGGCGGCUUGCCCGGCACCGCUCGAUUCCCUCCUCUCUCGCCGGUCCCGGGCGCGGCGAGAGUGGAGCUCCCUUCAAGCCAAUUGCGCCCAGCGAUGCAGCAGCCGACCCCUGCCCCAGGCGGCCAACAAGCUGCCAGUGCCACCGCUGGGGUUCCGCAGUAUCAGCAGAACGGGACGAGCUACGAGGAGAUACUGCAGGGGCUGAAUGACGCCAUCAAGCCGCCGGAGAAUGGAAGCUCCGUCGACGCCAACGGCCAGCAGCAGGAGGAGGCCGACGGUGUCAGUGGCGGCAACAAUGGAUCGGUGGACGCGCUGAAACAUGACUUGGACACACUGUUCGGCUUCGCCGUGAUGACACCGGCGACGCCGUUCCCCACGGCGGAGCCAGACGCGCUGGACGUCGUUGCAGCUAACAACUCCGGCUGGAUCUCGCAGCACAGCAGUGACGAGCAGGACAACUCCAUCAUCGACCAGGACUGGGGCCUCGACGGCACUUUCCAGUGGAACAGCAUGUCCCGCAUCUGCUGAUUAGAGCCGUGCGAGGAUCGAAUCGAUGCAGCAGCAGCUAGCCACCUCUGUCAGAUCAGAAUCAGGACUCAAGGCGUUUUUCCAUGAUUCUGAAAAAGCAGCAGUUAAGAGUUAAGACCAGUGUUUUGUCCACCUUUCGUAAUGUCUUUGAAAGUACUUACCUUCUGUUCAGGCACAUCGAUCAAAUUUCGAUGUUCCUUCCCCCUGGCUUCCGUCUGGUGAUGAUGACUCUAUCUGAGCCGUACAGUCGAAUUGAAAUUUGCAAACCAUCUAGUACCUUUGCCUGUCUUGUUGAUCAA